UGCGCACGCAGUCUCUCGGGGCGGGGCGCUGGGCCCCAUCCGGGGAUGGGCCCCGGCGCCCGCGUCGGUCCGGCUCUGCCCCGGCUCCUCCCUGCUCGGGCGGGCGCUCCGUCGUGUCCCCGCCCGUCAGUCCGCCCCGGCCGGGCUGGCCGCAGACGGGGCCUGGACGGCCACACAGUGAGCUCUAAGUCAGGAGGCGUCGGGAGGUGUCAUCGCUGCCGCUGCCCCGCGACGGGUCCCGUGCUGCGUCGGGGCCGCGCGAAAAGGCGGCGGCACCAUGUUCUCCCUCAAGCCGCCCAGACCCACCUUCAGGUCCUACCUCCUGCCUCCGCCCCAGACUGAUGAUAAGAUUAAUUCGGAACCGAAGAUUAAAAAACUGGAGCCAGUCCUUUUGCCAGGAGAAAUUGUUGUAAAUGAAGUGAAUUUUGUGAGAAAAUGCAUUGCAACAGACACAAGUCAGUAUGAUUUGUGGGGAAAGUUGAUAUGCAGUAACUUCAAGAUUUCCUUUAUUACAGAAGAUCCAAUGCCAUUACAGAAAUUCCAUUAUAAAAACCUUCUUCUUGGUGAACAUGAUGUCCCUUUAACAUGUAUUGAACAAAUUGUCACAGUAAAUGACCACAAGAGGAAGCAGAAAGUCCUAGGCCCCAACCAGAAACUAAAAUUUAAUCCAACAGAGUUAAUUAUUUAUUGUAAAGAUUUCAGAAUUGUCAGAUUCCGCUUUGAUGAGUCAGGCCCCGAAAGUGCCAAAAAGGUAUGCCUUGCAAUAGCUCAUUAUUCCCAGCCAACAGACCUCCAGCUACUCUUUGCAUUUGAAUAUGUUGGGAAAAAAUACCACAAUGCAGCCAACAAUAUAAAUGGAGUACCCUCAGGAGGUGGAGGAGGAGGUGGUGGUGGAGCUGGUGGUGGCAGCAGCCAAAAAACUCCACUGUUUGAAACCUACUCAGAUUGGGACAGAGAAAUCAAGAGGACAGGUGCUUCUGGGUGGAGAGUUUGUUCCAUUAAUGAGGGUUACAUGAUAUCCACUUGCCUUCCAGAAUACUUUGUAGUGCCAAGUUCUUUAGCAGAUCAAGAUCUAAAGAUCUUUUCCCAUUCUUUUGUUGGAAGAAGGAUGCCACUGUGGUGUUGGAGUCACAACAACGGUAGUGCUCUUGUGAGAAUGGCCCUCAUAAAAGAUGCGUUACAGCAGAGAAAAAUUGAUCAGAGGAUUUGUAAUGCAAUAACUAAAAGUCAUCCACAGAGAAGUGAUGUUUACAAAUCGGAUUUGGAUAAAACCUUGCCUAAUAUCCAAGAAGUCCAGGCGGCAUUUGUAAAACUUAAGCAGCUAUGUGUUAAUGAGCCUUUUGAAGAAACUGAAGAGAAAUGGUUAUCUUCUCUGGAAAGUACUCGGUGGUUAGAAUACGUACGGACAUUCCUUAAACAUUCAGCAGAACUUGUGUACAUACUUGAAAGAAAACAUCUCUCUGUAAUCUUACAAGAGGAGGAGGGAAGAGACCUGAGCUGUUUUGUCGCUUCUCUUAUCCAAGUGAUGCUGGAUCCCUACUUUAGGACUGUUACUGGAUUCCAGAGUCUGAUACAGAAGGAGUGGGUCAUGGCAGGAUACCAGUUCCUGGACAGGUGCAACCACUUAAAGAGAUCGGAGAAAGAGUCUCCCUUAUUUUUGCUGUUCUUGGAUGCCACGUGGCAGCUGUUAGAACAAUAUCCAGCGGCUUUCGAGUUUUCUGAAACGUACUUGGCUGUCCUGUACGACAGCACCCGGAUCUCACUGUUUGGCACUUUCCUGUUCAACUGCCCUCAUCAGCGGGUGAAGCAAAGCACAGAAUUUGCUAUAAGCAAAAAUAUCCAAUUGGGUGAUGAAAAGGGCUUAAAAUUCCCUUCAGUUUGGGACUGGUCUCUUCAGUUUACAGCAAAGGAUUGCACCCUUUUCCAUAACCCCUUGUACAUUGGGAAGAGCUCGCCUUGUAUACACAACGGUUCUGUGAAAUCUUUUAAGCGGACAAAGAAGAGCUACAGCUCUACUCUCCGAGGAUUGCCAUCUUCCUUAAGGAACGGAGUCAUCAGCGACCAAGAGUUACUUCCAAGGAGAAAUUCACUGGUGUUAAAACUAAAGCCAGAGCCACCUCAGCAAGGCGAAAGCCAGAGCAGCGGGCUGGAGCAGUACUUCAGAGACUGGUUCUCCAAACCCGCCGACCUGCAUGGCGUCCUCUUACCACGUCUCUCAGGAAUACACGUAAAGCUGUGGAAACUCUGCUACUUCCGCUGGGUCCCCGAGGCCCAGAUCAGCAGCGGCGGCUCCAUCACCGCCUUCCACAAGGCCUCAGUCCUGGUAGACGAGGUCGACACGCUCAGCAGGAUGCUCCGGCAGCACCGGCGCGUCCCUCUGCCAGCCUGCUCCUCAGAGCCAGACCAGAGCAGGAUGUACUUCCAAGCCAGUGGCCCCCACGCCACCUUGGGGACCCCCGACUUCCUCUCAUCUUCAUUUCCGUUUUCUCCUUUGGGCAACCUGUGCAGACGCAGCAUUUCAGGAACACCAUUAAGCAAAUUCUUAAGUGGGGCCAAGAUAUGGUUAUCUACUGAGACAUUAGCAAAUGAGGACUAAAAUGUCAUCUUUUCUGAACAUUUUGAGGGAAGUUGUGUUUUUCCUCUGAAUUAAAAUUGUUAACCUAGGCAUUUGAAGCUCUAAUAAUUUUAUAUGUAAGAAAAAUAGUUGAAGUUUGCACUAAUAUUUAAAAACACAUUGAAUCAUGCUUCCUUUGGGUUUUUUUUUAAAGGUAGGCAUAGAUUUUUACUGAAUUUACUUUCUUUCAUUACAGGCCUGGCUCAUUUUCAGAUGGUUUACAGGCAGAUAGUCCCACAUUUUUGUCUGCAUCCGUUUUUCCUACCACCUACUAAAGGUUACCUGAUCUUCAGUCAGAUUAGCAACCCAAAGAAGCAGGCAUCAGGAAAAUUUAAAACUGGUGUUUAGUAUAUUUCUGGAUAUAUUCAAACAUAGAAAUGCUCCUGACGAUGUGGCACAGGAGUGGGCAUAAUUCCAUUCUGUUAAACGUAAGGUCACCAUGAGUUGGAGUUGACUCGAUGGCAACAAACAGCUUAUUUCCAGAAGCAUCUGAUAAGCUCCCAAAAGGCUUAGUAGGUAGGUAUUCAUGUUACUUUUUUGGUAACUUUAUGUUAUCUCUAAUUGAUUUCAACUGAUACAGGGUUCAGUGUUCCAAGGCCAUAAUUAUUAUCUUAGAUCACCGUGUUUGGGACUUUAAUCUGUUUUAAAACCAUGGGUUUUCUUUUACCUCAUAGGACUAACUUUAAGAUGAUGUGAACUGUUAACCUUAAAGCAUCUGCUGUAGAUAAUACAAUUAAACUUAGAAGUGCCUUUGACAUUAAUGUCUGAACAAGACAGAGCAAAAUAUAAUUUGUUUUUAAAAACAGGGUUUUAAAAAAUCCCACUGCAUAUUAGAAACAGGCUUUUCACGCUAAGCUUCAUACCAAUAGCCGGGAAUCCCCAAAGCCCCAUUUCUCUCCCUCCAGAAGCCACUAAGGGCCUGUGGGGUGCUGCUUCCACGGAAGCCCUCAGGCUGUCCACCCAAGGGAGGCACAGUCCCAGCUCUGUCUCGGAGUAGCCAGUUAGUGUGGAGAGCGCUGUCCGCACCGCGGGAGCCCGCCUCUCCUGGCAGUACGCACACUGUGGUAAAGGGCUGCUGGCACUUCCUUUUGCAAAUGACUGAAUGAGGUCACACCUCAGGUCACCUGCACGGAAGUCCCUUUUGUCUCAGAAAGAUUCUCAACAGUAAGAAAUAGAGAACAUUUAGAAAAUAAAAAUGUACCUCUCUCAUAAUACUGCCAUUGUAAUAAACAGAGAAGCACACCCCCACGUCCUGGUCGUGACUUUUGACAGCAACACUCAGAGAAGACUGAGAAGCAAAGGUGUAUCUGGGUCCCAGACACCCUUCUCUUCACAUUGUGUGGCAGGAGCCCAGCCAGAGCUGUGGGGUCAAAGCUGAAGCUUCUCACAUCAGUGCUGUUUAGCACCAUGUCCACACCUAUUCCCUGUUUAAAGGUGGAUGUCAGAUUUGGCUGCAUGAUUUAAGAGUCUCUUAAACUGCCAUCUUAAUUAAGAUUUUGAAAAUUUUUAUAGUAAAAUUUCUAGUUAUUUCCUUUUCUAAAACAAGUUUUUUCAAAAUACUGUAUUUUUAUAUAUGAUGAAUAGAGGUUUCUACUUGAAUUAUUUGCCUUUUAAAAAUUGAUAAUGUCUCUAGAUUGAAAGAGGCAGAAAUUUUUUAUGUCUUAGGAAACUCAUCUUGUGGAUAAAUGUUUUUGCCAGAUUGUUGCCUAGAAAAUCAGGGCUAUUUCCAGUUUAUACACGGAGCAUUACUGCCAUCACACACAGUCUCUGAUGGGAAACCAUCCUCGGCCCUUAAAGAACCACCACGUCCUACCAUUGAAAGUGUAACAGUUCUUACUUUUUCAUCUAGCUGCUUCUGUAUUAUUACCAACUCCCCUAAAUUGUUUUUUUUUGGGGGGGGGGAGGGGGUUUGAGCAUUUAUUUCUCUUAAUUUUCUUCCCUCACAUUCAUUUCAACUCCAUUAAUAAUGUUUUUUUGUUAAUUUACGAGUAAAAAAAUUAGGUACUGUUAAUAUUGUUUUAAAAUAGAAAAUGUGCCUAUUUUUGUAUGAUAAUCAAAUGUAGUAAAAUACUUCUAUUUUUUGCUAGAAAGUUGUUAUAUCAUGAUUAUUGUGCCACAAUUUAUCGUGCAUAAUAUGAAAAACAACUGUAGCAGCCUUGACUCCUGGCCGUUGUACAGCUGCGUAGCGCCCCUGCUGGCACGCGGGCCAUUGUACAGC